AUGUUUGCCAAAAUUCUGAGCAUGUACUGUGAUAAUACCGCGGUGUACCUGCAGCAGGCGGAGGUGAACAGAGAGAAGGUGUCCCCCAUGCACCAGAGCAGCAUUGAUGGAGUGGAGGACAUGUCCACGCUGGCAGAACUCCAUGAGGCCGCCAUCAUGCACAACCUUCAUCAGAGAUACCAGAAAGACAACAUCUAUACGUACAUUGGCUCUAUUUUAGCAGCAGUAAACCCUUAUCAGUGUCUGUCAGAUGUAUAUGACGCCACAGCCAUAGAGCGAUACAGUCGACAUCACCUGGGCGAAAUUCCUCCUCACCUCUACGCCAUCGCUAACGAGUGCUACAGAUCACUGUGGAAACGCUCCAACAACCAGUGUGUGCUCAUCAGUGGGGAGAGUGGAGCAGGUAAAACUGAGAGCACAAAGAUGAUUCUGCGCUUUCUGUCUGCAAUGAGUCAGCAAAGUGUGGCGCUCUCAACUGCAAAGAGAGCAUCAUCUCACGUAGAGGAGGCCAUUCUGGAGAGCAGUCCAAUAAUGGAGGCAUUUGGAAACGCUAAAACAGUUCACAAUAACAACUCUAGUCGCUUUGGGAAAUUCAUCCAGCUUCAUUUCAGUCAGCAUGGAAACAUCCAGGGGGGAAGAAUCACAGACUACCUUUUAGAAAAGAAUCGUGUUGUGCGUCAAAAUCCCGGGGAACGAAACUAUCACAUAUUCUAUGCUCUGCUGGCUGGAAUCAGUGCAGAACAGAGAGAGUCGUUCUCCCUUUCCCCUCCGGAGGGCUUUCACUAUCUGGGUCAGUCAGGAUGUGUGAAGGACAAAGCCAUUAAUGACACAGAGACUUUUCAGGAAGUGCUGAAUGCUCUGAGGACAAUGCAGUUUGGAGAAGAGAACAUCAAGGAGGUGUUGAGGCUCCUUUCAGGAAUCUUGCAUGUGGGAAACAUAGAUUUUUUAACAGCAGGUGGAGCCCAGGUCUGCUCUAAAUCAGCUCUCAGUAAAGCUGGAGAUCUUUUGGGUUUGGAUUGUGCCCAGCUGGCUGAAGUUUUGACACAUAGAUCUAUGAUCCUCAGAGGAGAAGAAAUCAGCACACCUCUAACUGUAGAGCAGGCGGUGGACUCGCGAGACUCUAUGGCGAUGGCUCUCUACUCUCAGUGCUUCACUUGGAUCAUUCGUAAAUUGAACAACCGUAUCAAUGGCAAUGAAGACUUUCGAUCCAUCGGCAUCCUGGACAUCUUCGGGUUUGAGAACUUUGAGGUGAACCGGUUUGAGCAGUUUAACAUUAACUAUGCAAAUGAGAAACUACAGGAGUAUUUCAACAAGCACAUUUUCUCUCUGGAGCAACUCGAGUACAACAAAGAAGGGCUGGUCUGGGAUGACGUCAACUGGAUGGAUAAUGGAGAGUGCCUUGAUCUCAUAGAAAAGAAGUUGGGUUUGCUUGCUCUUGUGAAUGAGGAGAGUCAUUUUCCUAAAGGCACUGAUGACACAUUGCUGGAGAAACUCCAUAGCCAGCAUUCUAGGAAUCAGUUCUAUGUUAAGCCUCGUGUUGCAGUUCAUCAGUUUGGAAUUAAGCACUAUGCUGGAGAGGUUGUGUAUGAUGUCAGAGGAAUCCUGGAGAAGAACAGAGAUACUUUCAGAGAUGACAUUCUCAACUUACUCAGGGAGAGCAGGUUGGAUUUUGUGUAUGAUCUUUUUGAGCGAGUGAACACCUGGACUGGACAGGACACUGUCAAGUGCAGCUCAAAGUAUCGCAGACCUACCGUGAGCUCUCAAUUUAAGAAUUCAUUGCACUCUCUGAUGUCCAACCUUAGUGCCUCCAAUCCAUUCUUUGUACGCUGCAUUAAACCCAACAAUAGCAAGAUGCCCAAUCAAUUUGAGCAGUCUGUAGUCCUCAACCAGCUGAGAUAUUCUGGGAUGUUGGAGACAGUUAAAAUCAGACGUUCUGGGUUUCCGGUUCGGAGAACGUUCAAGGAUUUCUCUUUCAGGUACUAUGUGUUGAUGAGGGGUUUGGCCUUGUCAGAUGACCCAAAGGGGCGGUGCCUCCUCCUUCUGCAGCUUUACGACAACAGCAGUGCUGAAUGGCAGCUGGGAAAAACCAAAGUGUUUAUAAAAGAAAGUUUAGAGCUGCGGCUAGAGAAGCAGAGAGAAACAGAAGUGCUCAAAGCGGCUUCAAUUAUUCAAGCUCAUAUACUGGGCUACAGAGCGAGGAGGCAGUAUAGGAGGUUGUUGCAGUGCAUUGUUGUCAUCCAGAAAAACUACCGCGCACUGUAUUGGCGGCGGCGCUUCCAGAUGACGCGCUGGGCCACCAUCACCUUACAGAAGAGGCUCAGAGGGCAAAGGGCACGACGGCUCUACGUUCACCUUCUAGAGGAGAAGAGGAAGAGGGAAGAAGAAGAGAAGAGACAAAAGGAAGAACAAGAGGCACUGGAAAGAGAGAGACAGCGCCUGGAGUUGGAGCUCUUAGCACAAGCAGCAGAGGAAGCUCGAAGAUUAGAGGAAAAAACUAAACAUGAGCAGAUUCAAAAUUUCUUAACUGAGACAGCCACACCAGACAGUAUUGUUCCUGAGAGUAUUCCACUUGAGAACGACCCACCUGAGAACCCUGAACCCUUCUCUAUAGCGGAGAAGUUACUGGUAGAGCAGGUGUUUGGCGAGGUGUUCGGGGCAGAGACAAACCAGACAUCACAGGUGGAGGAGAUCUUGCGUUUAGAACGUGAGAUCGAAGGUCUGCGGCGUCAGAAAGAGGCUCAGGAGCAGAGUUUAACUGCACAGUCAUUGCAUCGCCUGCAGUGGCUGCGUGAUCAAGAGCUGCGCAGGCUAGAAGAGGAGGCCUGCAAGGCGGCGCAGCAGUUCCUCACCUCGCUCAACUUCGAUGAGAUCGACGAGUGUGUGCGUAACAUCGAAAGCUCGCUGGGUGGGUCCAGUGGCUCACAGAGGGAGGUGGCCAGAGGGGAGGAAGAUGAGGUGGAUGAAGGUCUGGGAGUGGACGAAGACGGAUUUAAAGACUCUCCCAACCCCAGCGAGCACGGACACUCUGACGGCCAGCGCACCAGUGGAAUCCGCACCAGCGAUGAUUCCUCGGAGGAGGAUCCUUACGCAAACGAUCGUAUGCCUCUGCCCCCUGCCCUGCCCAUCAUCACACCCUUGGCCUAUCAUGCUCCGCCCUCCAGCAGUGGCUCCACCUACUCUCACGCUGUUCAGGAAGAGGAGACGGAGCUAAUCCCUCCCGAUGAAGAUUCAGAUUAUGAUGCCGAUGAUUAUGAUGAAGGAGGCAUCAUCAUGCGGCCUCCUAGCCUCCCGCCUCACAAUGACCACUGGUCACGUGACCACCGCAGCUCUUUGGCAACCAGCACGAGUGUCAGCUCAGGGGCGUAUCGCUUCAGCUCGGAGGGGCCACAGUCUUCUUCUCCACAGUCGUCUGAGGAAGAGCACCGUCAAAUGGAGGAAAUUCUGCAAUUGGAGCGAGAGAUUGAACGUCUUCAGAAGAAAAGAGAAGACGGCGUGUCUAUGCUGUGUGAGAGCUCAAGACAGGAACUCCGCUUGCGGCGUGAUGCUGAGGUGCUGCGUCAGAAAAAAGCUGCUUCUCGUGUUGCCACUGAGUUCCUUGAACUGCUUGACACCGGAGGCCCUGAAGUCAUUCCUGGUGAACCUAAGCGACCUGCCUCCAGAUCGACAGGCGCCACUGAGGAAGAGGUAGAUGAAGGCUUCCAUGCAGAAGAAGAGUGCAUACCACUUCCUGAGUUCCCUCCGCCGGUGGAAGGUCCAGUGGAUCAGGAGAUCUUAGGCACUCUGCCACCUCCUCCUGCUGCUUUUGCCGAGGGCACAGUUGCUCCAUCUGCAUCCAAUGUUCCACCAGGGGCUCCUCCUCCUCCACCACCUCCUCCUCCACCUCCUCCUCCUCUCCCUGGUGAAGCUAAAAAGGAAACUGGAAAGCCUGAAGAGGCUAAAACAGUUAAAGAGGUGGAUGAGAAAAAGCAGGGAGAGGAUGUGGAUCGCACCAGCAGACUGACUGCAGCAGAGUCUCUGCCAGACACAGAGGAACCUAUCUACAGUGUACCUGGGGAUGGUGAGUCAGACUAUGACCAAGAUGAUUUAGAGGAUGGACAGAGCAGCAUUGCAGCGACAGACGCAGAACAUGCGCGCAAGUCCACCUGCACCAAUGCAAGCCAGGAGUCUUACAACCGCAGCUCAGAUUCAUAUGCUGAUAGCGAUGAUGAGCACGAUGGGUAUGUGGACACAGAUGAGGAGGUAUCCAACGGUAAAGUAAACAUCUUGAAUGGGAAUGGACCUCCGUAUUUCCACAGCUAUCUUUACAUGAAGGCUGGCUUGAUGAUCCCGUGGCGCAGGCGUUGGUGUGUUCUGAAGGACGACACUUUCAUGUGGUUCCGCUCUAAACAGGAGUCGUUAAAGUCAGGCUGGCUUUAUAAGAAGGGCGGCGGCCUAUCCACUCUCUCUCGCAGGAACUGGAAGAUGCGCUGGUUCGUUCUGCGAGACUCUAAGCUCAUGUACUUUGAGAAUGACAGCGAGGAAAAGCUGAAAGGGACAAUUGACAUCCGCUCAGCUAAGGAGAUUGUGGACAAUCAUGAGAAAGAGAAUGCUCUGAAUAUUGUGACAGACGAGAGAACAUACCAGGUAUUUGCAGAGUCACCGGAGGAUGCUAGUGGCUGGUUUACCGUGUUGAGUCGGGUCCAAAAUGCCACCCCAGAGCAGCUGCUGGAGAUGUCUCAUGAGCAGGCCAACCCAAAGAACGCUGUGGGCACACUGGAUGUUGGAUUGAUUGAUUCAGUUUGUGCUUCAGACAACCCUGACAGACCCAAUUCAUUUGUGAUCAUCACAGCCAAUCGAGUGAUCCACUGUAACUCAGACCUGCCGGAGGAAAUGCAUCACUGGAUCAGUCUGCUGCAGAAACCCAAAGGAGACUCCAAGAGUGAUGGACAGGAGUUCCUAGUCAGAGGAUGGCUCCACAAGGAGAUGAAGGCUGGAGCAAAAAGUUCUGCUCUCAAAUUGAAAAAGCGCUGGUUUGUGUUGACUAACAACUCUCUGGACUACUACAAGUCUUCUGAGCGCAAUGCAUCUAAAAUGGGCACUCUGGUUCUGAACAGCCUGUGCUCUGUGGUCCAGCCUGAGGAGAAAAAGUUUAAAGAGACAGGUUACUGGAACAUCAUAAUUCAUGGGCGUAAACAUUCAUACCGGCUGUACACCAAGUUGCUGAAUGAAGCCAUGCGCUGGGUGUCUGCCAUUCAGGGAGUCAUUGACAACAAGGCUCCUAUUGAAACGCCCACCCAGCAACUCAUAAGGGACAUUAAGGAGAACAGUGUGAACUCUGAGGCCGUGGAACAAAUGUAUCGAAGAAACCCUAUAUUGAGAUACACCCAGCAUCCCUUGCAUUCGCCUCUUCUGCCACUACCAUAUGGAGAGGUCAGCGAAAGCUUGCAAAAGGAGAAGGGUUAUGGAAGCCUGCAGGAUGAGGCUGUGAAGAUCUUUAACUCACUUCAGGAAAUGGAGAUAGUUUCAGACCCUGUCGCCAUCAUCCAGGGCAUCCUGCAGACCUGCCAUGAUCUACGGCCACUGAGAGAUGAGGUGUACUGUCAGCUGAUCAAACAAACCAAUCACGUGCCCCAACCCAACAGCCCUGCAAACCGCGCACACUGGCACCUGCUCACCUGCAUGAGCUGCACCUUCCUGCCCAGUCGUGCCAUCCUGCGCUACCUCCGAUUCCACUUGAAGAGAGUUAGAGAGCGCUACCCUGGCACUGAGAUUGAGAAGUAUGCCCACUUCAUUGGUGAGUCCCUGAAGAAGACAAAGGCCAGGGAGUAUGUGCCCUCUCAGGAGGAGAUCGCCGCCCUGCUGAACAGACAGGAAAUGACAACUACUGUGUACUGCCAUGGAGGAGGUUCUUGCAAGAUAUCCAUCAACUCACACACCACAGCUGGGGAGGUGGUUGAGAAGCUAAUUCGUGGUCUGGCGAUGGAAAAUAGCAGGAAUAUGUUCUCUUUGUUUGAGCACAAUAAGGUGGAGAGUCGGGCCAUAGAAAGCCGUAUAAUUGUAGCAGAUGUGCUCGCAAAGUUUGAGAGGUUGGCAGGUAGUGAAGAUGAGGAGGAGGAGGGUCCCUGGAGGCUAUAUUUCAAGCUCUAUUGCUUUCUUGAUGUGGAAAGUAUGCCCAAAGAGGGAGUGGAAUUCGCCUUCAUGUUUGAGCAGGCUCAUGAAAGUCUCAUCAGUGGUCAUUUCCCAGCCCUUGAGGAAACCCUCCAGCACUUAGCAGCCCUGCGACUGCAGUACAUCCACGGGGACGUGGCCCGUACGCCCUGGAGCCUAAGCAGCGUCUACCCUGUUGGACGACUUCGCACCCGCAUACUCCAAUCCACUAAAGCAGGGGGUGCUGGAGUACCCGGAGCUGGUAUAAUAGGUCCAGGAGGACACACUUUAGAACGCCGGAGGACCAACUUUCUAGAUGGGACACUAAGACGUAGCUUCAAGACGGGAUCUCUGAAGAAACAGCGCGUGGAGGAGGAACAGAUGUUGGAGAUGUUUGUAAAGGAGGAGAUGUCAGCCACACUGACCAGCGUGCUGGAGAAAUGGAGCCGUCUACAGGGCAUGCCUCAACAUCAGGCCAUGCUCAGCUACAUGACAGUCAUCAAAGAGUGGCCAGGAUAUGGGUCCACACUAUUUGAUGUUGAGUGUAAGGAGGGCGGAUUCCCUCAUGAUCUGUGGCUGGGAGUCAGUGCUGAAAAUGUCUCUGUGUACAAACGCGGUGAACCCAAACCGCUCGAAACGUUCCAGUAUGAGCACAUCGUUUUCUUCGGCGCACCUCAGCCCAGCACAUACAAAAUCAUUGUUGAUGAAAGAGAGAUGUUCUUCGAGACAUCUCAGGUGGGUGAAAUCACUAAGAUCAUGAAGGCAUACAUCAACAUGAUCGUCAAAAAACGCUGCAGCAUUAUGUCCAUCACCAGCAACAGCAGCGCCUGGAUGAGGUGAUCGAUGGCAACCAGCGCCCAAAGUGUCCAGAAACACAGUGCGAUGAAAGUAAAGUAUGCUACUGUCCGUUAUUGAUUGGAGAAUGAGAGCAGAGAAGAAACAGAGACUUCACCCUUCCAACGAUUGACCUUAACCUACUGAAAUCCUCUGUUCUAAAUACAACAGCACACACACAUUCAUUUAAUAUGAAUCGGACCAGUUUCACCUUUAUGAAGCACAACAAAGCCUGGUAACCUGCUCACUGUUCCCUCCCCUCACUGCCAGCACCCUUCCUGAUGACCAAACUUAUUUAUUUCCUUCUCUCGUCUUCUCCAUUUAAUUCCUUUCUCUCUACCCUCAGUAAUGUUGUACCUAACCAACAACCACCCACGAUUCCAUUUACCGGUAGAUUUACAGAGGUGUGUAUAUUGUGCUUGUGUGUGAGAUCAGAGUUUGUGCACACACACACACAGAGGUGAACACUUCGUGGAGCGCAUACAGAGCUAUUUUGUAAAGCCAUGGCUGCUGGAGUCCGUUCGGAGAGCUGGAAAAGGCUAUGCGUUAACAUUCCCAUUUGUGUAAAUGGCAGCUGCUCGGCUGGAGCAGGACACCCCAGAAGUAUGCUGUUUGAAUUCUGUCAACUUUGCUCGUUGCCGCUCAAUUUCACAUACAGGUUUUUUUGAGAGAAUCACCUGAGCCAUAAAUGCCAUGUGACUUGGACCGCAGGAAAAUGACAUCCUGGCAGCUCUGAUUGGCUGAUGGCACCAAAAAGGAACAUGCAACAAAAAAAAAACUGCUUUAAUGAAAUGUGUGCAAUUUAUGUGUUUUUUCCAAACAUUUUGCCUGUUCGGUCAAAAGCGUAGUUACAAAACCUACCAUCAGAGGCCACCUGGAGUCAGCCAGCCAAUCAGAUCGCAGUAUAAUUGUGGCCUGGCACUUUGCGGAUAUCAGCAGCGACUGUCUACUUGUUUGUAAGACUGUUCACACAUCAUCAAUGCAACAUCCUAUUUUGUAUUAAAUGCCAGAGUCUAUAAAUACAUAUGCUGAAGUGUUACAUUUGAUACUGUCUACAUUACUUACGUAUUUACAGAAAUUACAGCAUUUUCCUUUUUUGUUAUUUUUGCCCGUGAUGCACAGCUUGUGUAAUUUCACCUGUACCAAGGCACAAAAGCAUACCUAUUUUGACCAGUUUGGUUUCCUAAGCACCUCUAUUCACUAUUACAGAGAUCGGAUAACUGUUAUGAAGUGUUAUGCAAGUAGUGCCAGACCUGCCUGCCCAAAGCAAGCAAUGAAAAGUAUUGUAUUAAGUAACAGCAGUCAAGAUUCAAUAAGCAUGUGUUUUGUGCUGUAUCAAUUCGUAUACUUAACGUUAAUUGUGAAACACUUAAACUUAUUUUAUGAUUAAAGCACUUAAACUGUU